UGUGACCAGUUGGUCAUGGCUCGUUCUUUGAUCCUGUUCAUCUUACUUGCGGCAAUUGUAAUUGCCGUCGUUUCCUGCAAAGAGAUAAAAAGAAACAAACAUAAAACAAAGGCAUCAAUAAGAGCUGGUUUGAUUGAAAAAAGCGAAAGUAAACACAUUCAUCAACAGAAGUUAAAAAAUGAAAAUUUUAUGAAACAUAAAUCAGAAAAACAUCAGAGGAAGCAGGAUACUAACAAACGCAAUCACCCCUUAUAUCACAUGGCGAAACAAUCCAUAAGAGAAGAUAUCGAAGAUAUUGCAGGGAAAUAUAAACCAAUGCAUACUUUCUUGAGAUCUUUACCUACGAGGAAACAACCAAGACGUAAAUAUGAGAAUAGAAAAGUUAAAAAAGUUCAGAAAAAGAAAAGACAACAAAAUAAAAGAAAAAUUGAGUGGUAGUCGCAUAUAUAAGAGUUAAGGUUAUGGUGUAUAAUAU